AUGUUGAGGUUGUUUCCAACGCGUACAUUCAACUUAUUACGAACUCAGUUGCUGCCCACGUCAUCGUUGAGCAUUACUAUUCGAAAAAUGUCUACUGAGCCAAAGCAAGACUUACCACAAGUCGAUGAGAAGACUGGCGAGAUCAUCAUCAAUCCAUUAAAGGAGGAUGGUACUCAAAAGAGUCCGAAGGAGAUUGAGAAGGAGAAGAAGAAGGCUGAGAAACUAUUGAAAUUUGCUGCCAAGCAAGCCAAGCAAGCACAGAACCAAGCCGGACAAGCCAAGAAUGCAGCCAAGAAGGAAAAGAAGAAGAAGGAAACGGAGCCAAUCCCUGAAUUUGUGGAUAAGACGGUCGCAGGUGAAAAGAAGAUCUUGGUUUCCUUGGAUGAUCCAGCUUUGAAGGCUUACAAUCCAGCCAAUGUCGAAUCCUCUUGGUACGAAUGGUGGAACAAAUCUGGAUUCUUUGAACCAGAGUUCACUAAGGACGGUAAGAUCAAGCCAGAAGGUGUGUUCACUAUUCCAGCUCCACCACCAAACGUUACUGGUUCUUUACACAUCGGUCAUGCUUUGACUAUCGCUAUUCAAGAUUCUUUGUGUAGAUACUACCGUAUGAAGGGUAAGACAGUGUUGUUCUUACCAGGUUUCGAUCAUGCCGGUAUUGCUACUCAAUCCGUUGUUGAGAAACAGAUUUGGGCCUCUGAGAAAAAGACCAGACACGAUUACGGUAGAGAAGAGUUCGUUGACAAGGUCUGGGAAUGGAAAGAAGAAUACCACAAAAAGAUCAAGAACCAAGUGAAGAAAUUGGGUGCUUCUUAUGACUGGAGCCGUGAAGCAUUCACUUUGGAUCCAAAACUUUCUAAAGCCGUUGUGGAAGCCUUCGUUAAAUUGCAUGAAGAAGGUAUCAUCUACCGUGCUGCUCGUUUGGUUAACUGGUCCGUUAAAUUGAACACUGCUAUUUCUAACCUUGAAGUCGAAAACAAGGACAUUAAAGGUAAAACUCUAUUGUCUGUUCCAGGUUACGAUGAAAAGGUGGAGUUCGGUGUUUUGACUUCUUUCAGUUAUCCAGUCGUUGGUUCCGAUGAAAAAUUAAUUGUUGCUACUACUCGUCCUGAAACUAUGUUUGGUGACACUGCUGUCGCUAUUCACCCAGACGAUGAACGUUACAAGCACUUACAUGGCCACUUCGUUCAACAUCCUUUCUUGAAUCGUAAAAUGCCAAUUGUAUGCGAUGCUGAAGCCGUUGAUAUGGAAUUCGGUACUGGUGCCGUGAAGAUCACCCCUGCACAUGACCAAAACGAUUACAACACCGGUCUUCGUCACAAUCUGGAAGUUAUCAACACCUUCACCGAUGAUGGUCUAUUGAACGAAAACUGUGGUCCUGAAUGGGAGGGCACUAGGAGAUUCGACGCUAGAAAGUUAGUUAUCGAAAAGUUAAAGGAAAAGGGUUUGUUCGUUGGUCAAAAAGACAACGAAAUGACUAUUCCAACAUGUUCGAGAUCUGGUGAUAUCAUUGAACCAUUAUUGAAGCCUCAAUGGUGGGUCUCGCAAAAGCAAAUGGCUGAAGAAGCCAUCAAAGUUGUUAGAAACGGUGAAAUUACCAUCACACCAAAGUCUUCGGAAUCUGAAUAUUUCCAUUGGUUAGAAAACAUUCAAGAUUGGUGUAUCUCUAGACAACUAUGGUGGGGUCACCGUUGUCCUGUUUACUUCGUGAACAUUGAAGGUGAAGAAAACGACCGUAACGAUAACUCAUUCUGGGUGUCAGGUAGAAACUUGGAAGAAGCCGAAGCUAAGGCAGCCACUAAAUUUGCUGAUAAGAAGUACACUUUGGAACAAGACGAAGAUGUUUUGGACACCUGGUUCUCAUCUGGUCUAUACCCAUUCUCCACUUUAGGAUGGCCAGAUAAGACUCCAGAUAUGAGCCAAUUCUACCCAGCUUCCAUGUUGGAAACUGGUUGGGACAUUCUUUUCUUCUGGGUUUCCAGAAUGAUCUUGUUAGGUCUAAAGUUGACCGGCUCUAUUCCAUUCAAGGAAGUAUUCUGUCACUCUUUAGUUCGUGAUGCUCAGGGUCGUAAGAUGUCUAAGUCCUUGGGUAACGUUGUUGACCCAUUGGAUGUUAUCUCUGGUAUCAAGCUAGAGGAUCUACAUGCUAAAUUGUUGCAAGGUAACUUAGAUCCAAGAGAAGUCGAGAAGGCAAAGAAUGGUCAAAAGGAAUCUUACCCACACGGUAUCCCAGAAUGUGGUACUGAUGCUUUGAGAUUUGCUCUUUGUGCAUACACCACUGGUGGUCGUGACAUUAACUUGGAUAUUCUCCGUGUUGAAGGUUACAGAAAGUUCUGUAACAAGAUCUACCAAGCUACCAAGUUUGCUUUGUUGAGAUUGGGAGAUGACUAUAAACCACCAGCUUCUGAAGCUCUUUCUGGCAAUGAAUCCUUAGUUGAAAAAUGGAUCUUGCACGAAUUGACUGAAACUGCCAAGAAUGUCAACGAAGCAUUUGAAAAGCGUGACUUCUUGAACUCCACCUCAGCCAUCUAUGAAUUCUGGUAUUUGGUCUGUGAUGUUUACAUUGAGAACUCCAAGUACUUGAUUCAAGAAGGUACAGAAGUUCAACAAAAGUCUGCUAAGGAUACCUUAUAUAUCUUGAUCGACAAUGCAUUGAAAAUGAUCCAUCCAUUCAUGCCUUUCAUCUCUGAAGAAAUGUGGCAACAUCUACCAAGAUACGCCAGCGAAACUUCUCCAACUAUCGUUAAGAGCUCAUACCCAACUUUCAAGGAAGAAUUCCACAAUCCAAGCGCUGCUAAGGAAUACGAGCUAAUCUUAAACGUCACAAAGGAUGCUCGUUCCUUGUUGGCACAAUAUAACAUCUUGAAAAACGGUAAGGUGUUUGUUGAAUCUGCUAAUGAAUCAUACUACUCCACUGUCCAAUCUCAAAAAGAUUCUAUCGUCUCUUUGAUUAAGGCAAUCGAUGAAGUUUCCGUUGUGAAAUCUGCUGCUGAUAUCCCACAAGGUUGUGUGCUACAAUCUGUCAACCCAGAAGUUAACGUGCAUGUGCUUGUGAAGGGUCACGUCGAUAUCGAUGCAGAAAUCUCCAAGGUCCAAAAGAAGCUAGACAAGACUUUGAAGUCUAAAUCUGCCAUUGAUAAGAUUGUCAACAGCAGCGAUUAUGAACAAAAGGCCAAUGACCAAGUGAAGCAAUUCAACAAAGAAAGAUCAGAGCACGCUGCCGCUGAAAUCGAAACCUUGGAAGCUACCAUCGCUAACUUGGAAGCAUUGAAGUUGUAG